ACUCAAUCGUUAACUCCAUCUUCUUCAAACUCCUUUUCUUUUACCACUUCUGGUUAGUUAUCCAAUUCAAAAUUCCAUAAGAUUCCCAAUUCAAUUUCAAAUCCCAAAUUCAUUUCAAUCCCCCAAAACAAAACCCUAGAAUUUCAAUUCAAUUCAGAAAUUAGGGUUUCCAUGGAGGAGCUUCCUCUUCCAGCUCUGUUCGAGCAAGCUCAAAAGAUCCAUACAACCGCCACGGAGUCCAGUGCUGAUCAGGAAACGGUUAAGAAAGGGUGUGAAGCACUGCAUAAAUGCGAGGAUAUGAUAAAUAAAUUAGGGUUAUUCUCAGCUAAUGAGACCAGGGAGGAUAUUUCCACUUCUGUUCUAAAAUACAUUCUGGUACCUUAUUAUCUUGCUGAACUGACUGAAAGAAUUGUACAAGAUGAUAGAAUACCAGUAUUAAAAGCUUCGCAGGCUAAGCUAAAGGAGUUCCUUUCUUUUUGUGAGGCGAUGGAACUUGUGCCGGAAGAGGAGUUGCUAGCAUCUUCUCAAGGGAGUUCGAAUUCUUUUCCUGAAAAAAGAGCCCAGAAGAUUGCACGGUUCAAUCGUCAAAGAGCUGCUCAAGCUAAGUUGUUAGAAAUAGAGGAGCGUAAGGAGAGGCGUGGCCGUUCAACUCGAGCAGCUGCCUUGUCAACUCCAGUUGAGGCUGGAGAGGAGGAUGUGUUGGAUGACGGUGGAGAAGAAGAAAGGGAGGCCUGGCUUAUUACCAUCUCUUUAGCCAUCUGUAAGGCGUUUGACCUGCUUGAAAUGUUGAAAAAAGAGGAAGAAAUGCUUUCUGCUGUAAAAGAAAGACGGCUAAAGGAAGGGGACAAAGAAUUUUCUCAGACAGUUCUUGAUGAACGAACUGAAAAGGCAGAAGCUUGGCAUCGUGGUGCUGCUGCUAGAUCACAAUAUACCAAGCCAGCACCACCCAUCACCUGUGCUACUUUCGCUCAAGAUGUUCUAGAAGGAAGAGCACAAGUUUCACAGGAACAUGACCAUAAGCACCAGCCUAUGCUAUUUGGACCAGCAAGUCUUGUUGGUGGUAGUAGAACAACUGAGAGGGAAAGAAUGAUGGCGCAGGUCUUCCAACCUAACUUCAGGUUGCCAACAAUGAGUAUAGAAGAAGCUGGGUUAAAGGAAAUGGAGAUGAUGAAUAAAUUUCAAGAGAGAAAUGCUGAACUCAUGGCAGAAGCCAACUCUGGAUGGUAUAAGGAUGAUCAAAGGCCAAAAACAGGGGAGGAAGAAGAUGAAGAUAAUGACGAUGAUGAUGCUGUACUGAAAGCAAGAGCAUGGGAUGACUGGAAAGAUGAUAAUCCUCGGGGAGCUGGCAAUAAGAAGCUUACCCCCUGUGGUUAAAGAGAUAGCACCAGGUGGUUUCUGUUGAUCACGAUUUAACUUAUUUUCAGCUACAUUCUCCUAAAUUCUUUCUGCAGAGAUAUUGGCUUACAAAUUUUUUUGUCUCUGUCAUGUCCUCUAAUUUAAACAAUAUCAUGUUUUAUAUUAUAGGAAGCUGCUUUUUAGCAUACUUUUCACUAAAUCCAGCAUCAGGACACGUAAUUCUUUUUUUUUUCUGUAUGUUUCCAUGCUUAGCAAAUACAUAUGGGGUCCAAAUUUGCUUUUCCUUGUGAUUC